GCGAUUGUCCGUCACGAAUUUAGGUUUAGCCGACAGCAGUUGAGUACUUCAAUCUUCUUCAUUUGUUGACUUCACAGUUCACUGACUUGUUGUCUCUUCACUCGCCUUUCGAGUACCUCGUUUACUCGCAUUCAACAUUUUUGAAUAAUAAUUGGAUCGUUUCUCAUACAACUAACAAUGGCACUUAACAAAUUAAGCAUCAAGAGUUUAGAAGUCGCAAACAAACGGGUUUUGAUCAGAGUUGAUUUUAAUGUUCCAUUGAAGGAUGGAAAAAUUACCAACAACCAACGUAUUGUUGCUGCAUUAGACAGCAUCAAUUAUGUCCUUGAAAAUGGUGCUAAAUCUUUAGUUCUCAUGUCCCAUCUUGGACGUCCAGAUGGAUUACCAAAUUCUAAGUACUCUAUGAAACCAGUUGCCGAGGAGCUUCAGAAACUCCUUAAUAAAAAUGUUACAUUUUUGGCUGACUGUGUUGGUUCAGAAGUAGAAAAGGCUUGUGCAGAUCCAGCUCCUGGUUCAAUUUUUCUUUUAGAGAAUCUUCGAUUCCAUAUUGAAGAAGAAGGAAAAGGUGUAAAUGCUGCUGGGGAAAAAACUAAGGCUGACAAAGAAGAUGUGAAAAAAUUCAGAGAGUCAUUACAGAAAUUGGGAGAUGUGUAUGUCAAUGAUGCUUUUGGUACUGCACACAGAGCUCACAGUUCUAUGAUGGGUGAAGGUUUUGAAAAGCGUGCUGCCGGAAUCUUGUUGAACAAAGAGCUCACUUAUUUCGCUAAGGCUUUGGAUAAUCCUGAAAGGCCUUUCUUAGCUAUCUUGGGAGGAGCUAAAGUUGCUGAUAAGAUUCAACUCAUUGAAAAUCUUUUAGAUAAAGUUGAUGAAAUGAUUAUUGGAGGAGGUAUGGCUUAUACUUUCUUGAAAGAGUCAAAAGGCAUGAAAAUUGGCGAUUCUUUAUACGAUGAAGCUGGAGCAAAAAUUGUUGGAAAAUUAUUAGAAAAAGCUACUGCUCGUAAUGUUAAAAUUCACUUGCCAGUUGAUUUUGUCACUGCUGAUAAAUUUGAUGAAAAUGCUAAUACUAGCUCUGCAACUGUUGAAGAAGGAGUUCCUGAUGGUUGGAUGGGUUUGGACUGCGGACCAGAAUCUAGGAAAUUGUUUUCUGAACCAAUUGCUCGUGCUAAGGUCAUUGUAUGGAAUGGGCCUGCUGGUGUCUUUGAGUUUGAUAAAUUUGCCUUUGGCACUAAAGCCUUAAUGGAUGAUGUUGUUAAGGCAACUAAAAAUGGAACUGUCACUAUAAUUGGUGGUGGUGAUACUGCUACAUGUGCAGCUAAAUGGGGUACAGAGAGUCAAAUAAGCCAUGUGAGCACAGGUGGUGGUGCAAGUCUUGAACUACUUGAAGGAAAAGUCUUACCAGGAGUUGCAGCUUUGACUGAUGCAUAAUUGUCUAAAAUAUACCAAGUGUGUUAAAUAUUUACAAUACAAUAUGUGGUUUAUUUAUUUUUAUUUGUUUAUUUUAUAUUCACCUUUAGUUGUCCAAUUUAUUAUUGUGUGUAAAUUUUAAUUUUAAAAAUUCAAAUUACUGUUGUUUAAUAUGUUAUGUUAUUCAUUAUUAUUUACUUUUCAUAGAUUGAAUAUUUAUUGUUUUGAUACAAUAAAUACAAAAAAUUUACCUAGUUAUUUUAUAUGACUGCUAAAUUGAUUAGUAGAUAUGUAAAAGGUUAGGUUAGUACCUGCUUUAUAAAUAAACUAUACACUAAAAAUUA